AUGGAUAAAGUAGAUUUACCAACGGGUACACCCUCCGAGCCGGAAAAUGCAUCACAACCAGAGGCUAUAUCAUCAUCCAUACGCUCAAUGGCUUCUCAAAGCCAAGAGCUUCUCAGUCAGCCCCCAGACGAAUUGACCCAAUUUGAGAGAAUGUUAUGGUACCAAGAACGCCGAAUUGAAUCUAGCCUAUGGGUACAAUGUGACUCCUGUAACAAAUGGAGGCAUAUUAUGCCUAAUGUAUAUGAGCGACACCAAUUGCCGGACAAAUGGUUUUGUAAAUUACACCCAGAAAUAUCUAGUUGCUCAGUACCAGAAGAAGAAAUUCCCUUACAAGUAGAAGCUGAUCUUAUACAUAGUGAAUAUUCGGUUGGCUCAAUAGUGAUCGCUCGCUUUGGGGAUUGGCCUUGGUGGCCCGCUAUGGUUGAUGACGAUCCUGAUACGGAACAGUUCUAUUGGAUAGAUGGGCUCAGUGAUAUACCGAGUCACUACAACGUAACAUUUUUUGAUGAUAAUGUUACGAGAGCUUGGAUUUCUGCAAAAUGUAUUUUACCAUUCGCUCGAAACAAAGCUAAAGUGCGGAAUUGUAAAGAAAAACUUCUCAAAAGGCGAUUGAACCGCUCUUUACAGCAAGCCGAAGAGUGUGAAGCUUUAGAUUUUCCGAUGCGACUAAAAAAGUUUUCUUUUGUAAGUCGCUACAACGGACCCAUUAAGGAACCGAGAAAUUUUACUGAAGAAGAAAUAGAUAAAUACAACGCAAAAUUAAAAAAAAAACUUAAUGUUUCAUAUUAA